AUGCAUGGCAGUGAUGGGUCCCACUUCCUUUCAGAUGUGGUUGAGGUGGAGAGGAAAGGAGGAAAGGAGGAAAGAAGGAAAGAAGGAAAGAAGGGUCAAUUUGCUGAUGCGGAUUCUAACCGAUUUCCAGUGUCCGCCACAUCAGCGAUUUCGUGUUCUCCCAGCGGUCACCCACACCCACGUGUCGUUUUAGUUUUCUUGUAUCUGUCUGUAUGCGCAAGGCCAGGUUCAGUUGGUUUUAAAUUAUCCAGAGAACAUUGCGUAUGGAAACCCUGCUACCAACAAAUCAGUGCAAGAUAG